ACGACACUUCCUGCACGGACUCAAUUUGCUGUGAACAGGAGUAAUCAUGGCGUUCAACUUUGGCGGCGCUGCCACCAACCCCGCAACAGGUCUUGCAGCCCCUGGUUUCGGGACCACCACCACUGCUGCGGCCCCCGCUGGCUUCGGCGGCUUUGGCACCACCACCACAGGAUUUGGGGGGCUGGGAGCCGGGAGCACCACGUCUGGUGGGUUUAGUUCUGGGGGGUUUGGAUUAAAUGCAGCAGCUCCCAAUGCGGCUGCAAUCAGCUUUAAUGUUGGGGGCUUUGGUGCAGCUACCACAGCAGCCACUGUGUUCAAUUUUGGUAAUAGCCUGGCUAGCGCAGGUGCUUUUGGGGGUUUUGGGACGACCACUACAUCCGCUGCUGCGCCUGGGUCAACUUUCAGCUUCGCCACUCCUGCAAGCACAACAGGAGGACUGUUUGGUAAUACCCAGAAUAAGGGAUUUGGGUUCUCCUCUGGGCUGGGCACUGGCACUACUGCUGCAGCUGGGUUUGGAACAGGUCUGGGGACAACUCUAGGAGGUGGAUUUGGUGGCUUCAAUAUCCAGCCACAGCAGCAACAGCAAGGAAGCUUUUUUGGGCAGCAGGCCCAGGCCCCAGCCCAGUCUAAUCAGCUCGUCCACACAGCUAACGCCCUGUCUGCCCCCACCCUGCUUGGGGAUGAGAGAGAUGCCAUCUUGGCCAAGUGGAAUCAGCUCCAGGCCUUCUGGGGAACAGGCAAGGGCUACUUCAACAACCAACUCCCCCCUGUAGAUUUCACACAGGAGAACCCUUUCUGCAGGUUCAAGGCGGUAGGCUACAGCUGUAUCCCAGGCAGUAAGGAUGAGGAUGGUCUGGUUGUCCUGGCCUUCAAUAAGAAGGAGGCUGAUGUCCGUAGCCAACAGCAGCAGCUGGUUGAGUCUCUACACAAGGUGCUGGGAGGGAACCAGACUCUCACCGUCAACGUAGAGGGAGUCAAAGCCCUGCCUGAUGACCAGACGGAGGUGGUGAUCUAUGUGGUGGAGCGUUCUCCUAACGGCACAUCUAAGAGGAUCCCAGCUACAACACUGUACAGCUAUGUAGAGCAGGCUAACACCAAGGCCCAGCUCACACAGCUAGCAGUUUUCAUGUCUGUUACACGCACUGAGCUCUCACCAGCACAGCUCAAACAGCUGCUGGCGAAUGCACCAGCAGGUGUGGAUCCCAUCAUUUGGGAACAGGCAAAGGUGGAUAACCCUGAUGCGGACAAGUUGAUCCCCGUCCCCAUGGUUGGUUUCAAAGAACUACUCCGCAGACUGAAGAUUCAGGACCAGAUGACCAAACAGCACCAGUCCAGAGUAGACAUCAUCUCUAAUGACAUCAGUGAACUGCAGAAGAACCAGGCAACAACAGUGGCUAAGAUCGCUCAAUACAAGAGGAAGCUGAUGGAUCUCUCUCACAGAGUACUACAGGUGCUGAUCAAGCAGGAGAUUCAGAGGAAGAGUGGCUAUGCCAUCCAGGUGGAUGAGGAGCACCUAAGAGUGCAGCUGGACACCAUCCAGUGUGAACUUAACGCCCCCACGCAGUUCAAGGGGCGUCUGAACGAGCUGAUGUCUCAGAUCCGCAUGCAGAACCACUUUGGGGCGGUGCGCUCAGAGGAACGAUAUAGUGUGGAUGGGGACCUUCUCAGAGAGAUCAGACAGCACCUAAAGCAGCAGCAGGAGGGUCUGAGUCAGCUGAUCAGUGUGAUAAAAGAUGACGUGGAAGACAUCAAACUGAUAGAACAUGGCCUACUGGACCGACUCGGCUGACCUCAAAGGUCUUCCCAGGCCUCACAUGGCCCUGAAUCUCUCUCACUGCUGACAAACGUUAAAGGGACAUUCCUCUUCUUAGCAAGGCAUAUAUCUGUCUUUUCAUUGGUCUGUCUCCUACUCAGAGGUGCUUUCUCACACAGAUUAAUCCUGGUCCUGGACUAAUGGCUCAAUGGUGAAUCUCAAUCAAAAAUGCUUUUUAGUCCAGGACUAGGCAUUAUUUUUGUUUUGGAAACUGCCCCUAAAACCCCCAAACAUCUAAACUGGAACAAGGCCGCCUUAGAAAAACUGCCGUCUGGUGGACACUGUCUGGUUGACAGCCAGUAAAAUGUGACUGUUCGAUGAUUUGGUGUGAUAUUCAAGUGCGAUAUUCUACACAUUGUAAAUAAAUACGCCUUUUAUUAUUGCUUUAGUAAUAUUUUAUAUGAUGGAAUAAGAAUUAUACACGAGCCCAACAUGGUUUAAUAAAAUGUCAUUGAGAAGCCUUUUUCAACAUGA